AUGCUGCACACCAUACCCGGAGAUUACGCCACUGCCCUGUUGCUUGGCGGAGAGCCGGGUGAGGCCUAUGACGCCAGCGCCGAGCAGUUUGAGAAGAUCAGGGAGCAGUUGGGGUUACAGGGCUCUUUGCCUCAACAAUAUGCCCGGUGGCUCGGCAACUUUUUCCAGGGUGACUUCGGGACUUCCUGGACCAACAGAAAGCCGGUAUGGGACAGGAUGGCCCCCAGAAUAUUCCUGAGCUUUGAGUUGGGGGUUCUUGCGGUAAGUUUAGCGAUGGUUCUGGGCACAGUGGGCGGGGUGAUCUCCGCCGUGCGCCAGGAUACAUGGGUCGAUUACUUAUUGCGGGGCACCAGCAUGACAAUGCAGGCAAUGCCUGGCUUCUGGGUCGCGUUGAUGGUCAUCGCGGCGCUGGUAGCCAUCUGGGGUUGGAAACCUCCGAUUGAAUAUCGUCACCUGUGGGAUGAUCCGGUUCGCAACAUAUCGGUGUUGCUCCUGCCGGCUUUCCUGGUGGGACUGCGCAGUUCGGCGGAGAUUUUAAGGAUGACCCGGUCGUCGGUUCUGGAAGUCCUGCGUGAAGACUAUGUCAGGACCGCCGAGGCCAAGGGCCUUUACCGCUCCAAGAUAUUGGGCCAACACGUGCUAAGGAAUGCACUGCUUCCCGUGAGCACUUUGGCCGGGUUCGAAGUGGUGUUCCUGAUGAGCGGCCAGGUCAUUAUCGAGCAGGUCUUUAAUCUGCACGGAAUUGGAAAAUUGUUCAUCCAGGGAGUGGCUGCCAGGGAUUACCCUGUAGUUCAAGCCAUUGUAAUGUUCGUUGCCUUGGUGGUGCUCUUGGCCAACCUGGUGGUUGACGUGAUGUAUGCGUGGCUGGACCCGAGAAUCCGCUACAACUAA